AUGGCUGCCAAAUCCGACAUUCACUUGUACACUACUAACACGCCUAAUGGCGUGAAGGUCUCCAUGCUCCUAGAGGAGCUGGGGCUGCCCUAUCAGGUGACGGCCAUUGAAUUCUCCAAGAAUACGCAGAAGGAGGAUUGGUUCCUGAAGAUCAACCCCAAUGGACGAAUUCCAGCAAUCACUGACACUUUCACUGAUGGCACCCCUAUCCGAUUGUUUGAGAGUGGCUCUAUUCUGCAAUACCUAGUAGAUAGGUACGAUACCGAAAAUAAGGUAUCGUAUCCUCAUGGUACCAAGGAGUACUAUGAAGUGAACAAUUGGCUGUUUUGGCAAAUGGGAGGACUCGGCCCAAUGCAGGGGCAAGCAAACCAUUUCACUCGCUAUGCGCCAGAAAGGAUUGAAUAUGGUGUCAACCGCUAUCAGAACGAGACCAGAAGGCUGUAUCGAGUAAUGGACAAGCAGCUCUCGAAGUCUAAAUCAGGUUUCCUGGUCGGAGACAGGCUGACCAUCGCUGAUAUUGCCUGUAUCGGCUGGGUAUCUUCACACGCCUGGGCUGGGAUUGAUAUUGAAGAGUUCACACAUCUCAAGGCAUGGUUGCAGAAGGUCCACGAACGGCCAGCAAUUGCCAAGGGUGCUAAUGUUCCACCCAAAGCUAAGCCAGCCAAACCGUUGACUGAAGAGGAGCUUGAAGAGAUCGCAAGGAAGAACAGAGAAUGGAUCCAACAGGGCAUGGCCGAGGAUGCAAAGAAAUGA